AUGGGAACAAAUAUUUCUCAACCUAUCGUGGCUAAGGACGAGAAGCUUUCUCAGGUCAGUAUGGAUACAGUCAAGGUGACACCCAUCAAGCAUGAGAAUCGUUUGUCCUGCGACCAAGCUCCGCCACCUUACCCAGUUCAAGAUCGAGCCCUGUCCUUGACGCUUCCUCACAUGAGAGACUGGUCACAAAGUCUGCUGAGCGAUCCAAAGAACCGCCUUGCCAUCUCAACUUUUGCCGGCCAAUCAUUCACAGAGACCCUGACAGACCGUAGUGCACUCCAGUCUGAUAUUCAUGUUUUCAAUCUUGCCGUGCCAAUUGAAGGUGCACCAAUCACAAAUCAACGUUCAUCUGGACGCUGCUGGCUCUUCGCCGCGACUAACAUCUUCCGCGUACCAUUGAUGAAAGCGUACCAGCUUAGUAACUUCGAGCUUAGUCAAGCUUACCUUUUCUACUGGGAUAAGAUCGAGAAGGCAAAUUAUUUCUUCGAGCAGAUAAUCGACACUGCCAGCGAAGAUCUUUCUUCUCGUUUGGUCCAGAAGCUAUUCCAGGACCCAGUUAGCGACGGUGGCCAGUGGGAUAUGGUCGUAAAUCUGGUGCGCAAGUACGGGCUUGUCCCGCACGCAAUAUAUCCAGACGCUUUCCAUGCACAAAACAGCUCAAAGAUGAACUGGCUGCUCACAGCCAAGCUGCGUGAGCAGGCUCUGGUCCUCCGCCAACUUGCGUUGCAAGAUGGAGAAAAACAAACCCCUCAUAUAUUGGCCACUACCAAAGAGAAAUUCCUGCGGGAACUUCACUCGGUCAUUACUCUCCUUCUUGGUCCACCACCCAGUCCAGAUAAACCAUUUGUCUGGCAAUACUAUGACACCAAUGGAGUAGCUCAUGAAGUGCGACAGACUCCAGUUGAUUUCGCCCGACAGGCAUCAUAUUCGCGAUCUUUUCCACUUGGACAGAAGAGUCUAUCCAUAGAUAGACUAUUUAGUCUAGUCAAUGAUCCGAGGCACAAGUGGAAUCAACUGCUGACGAUCGACAAGCUCGGUAACGUGGUAGAAGGACGACCGCUCACGUAUGUCAAUGUGGAGAUGCAAACGCUCAAGGGUGCGGUCAUUGCAAUGCUCAAAGCUGGACAUCCAGUGUUCUUCGGUUGCGACGUGGGCAAGUUCCUCGACCGCAAUCGUGGAGUUAUGGACACUGAUGUUAUCGAUCUUUCCCUCGGAUUCAAUUGUUCACUCGGCAUGAACAAGGCUGAACGGUUGGCCAGCGGGGAGUCCUCGAUGACCCAUGCCAUGGUCAUAACUGCAGUGCAUCUUCUCGACGGCGAUCGGCCGGUGAGAUGGCGUGUAGAGAAUUCUUGGGGUGAUGAGGCUGGAGAGAAAGGUUGGUUUGUGAUGACUGACCGUUGGAUGGACGAGUAUACCCUCCAGGCUGUUGUCGACUUCAACUUUGUCUCAGCCGAUGUGCGAGCCAUUCUCGAGCAGACUCCUAAACUUCUUCCUCGAUGGGAUCCUAUGGGGGUUCUUGCUUGA